GCAGCGCCCGCCUGCCCGCCGGGGGAUGCCCGCUGCGCUGCUGGCGCUGGCCAUGUCGUCGUCCUUCUUCAACCCCAGCUUCGCCUUCAGCUCCCACUUCGACCCGGACGGUACCUCCCUCAGUGAGCUGUCUUGGUCAUCCUCGCUUGCUGUGGUAGCUGUGUCCCUCUCAGGGCUCUUCACUGUCACCGUCCUCAUGCUGGCCUGCCUGUGCUGUAAGAAAGGCGGCAUCGGGUUCAAGGAGUUUGAGAAUGCUGAGGGAGACGAGUAUGUGGCCGACUUCUCGGCCCAGGGCUCUCCAGCCGCAGCAGCACAGAACGGUCCUGAUGUGUAUGUCCUGCCCCUCACCGAGGUCUCUCUGCCAAUGGCCAAGCAGCCAGGCCGCUCAGUGCAGCUCCUCAAGUCCACGGACCUGGGUCGGCACAGCCUCCUGUACUUGAAGGAGAUCGGCCACGGCUGGUUUGGGAAGGUGUUCCUGGGGGAAGUGCAUUCAGGCGUCAGCGGCACCCAGGUGGUGGUGAAGGAGCUGAAGGCCAGUGCCAGUGUGCAGGAGCAAAUGCAGUUCUUGGAGGAGGCACAGCCCUACAGGGCCCUGCAACACAGCAACCUGCUUCAGUGCCUGGCCCAGUGCGCAGAGGUGACGCCCUACCUGCUGGUCAUGGAGUUCUGUCCACUGGGGGACCUCAAGGGUUACCUGCGGAGUUGUCGGGUGACGGAAUCCAUGGCUCCGGACCCCCUGACCUUGCAGCGCAUGGCCUGUGAGGUGGCCUGCGGGGUCCUACACUUGCACCGCCACAACUACAUACACAGCGACCUGGCCCUGCGGAACUGCCUGCUCACGGCUGAUCUGACGGUGAAGGUUGGGGACUACGGUCUGUCGCACUGCAAGUACAGGGAGGACUACUUCGUGACUGCCGACCAGCUGUGGGUGCCGCUGCGCUGGAUUGCGCCUGAGCUGGUGGACGAAGUGCAUGGCAACCUGCUGGUCGUAGACCAGACCAAGACCAGCAACGUGUGGUCCCUGGGUGUGACCCUCUGGGAGCUCUUCGAGCUGGGCGCGCAGCCCUACCCACACCAUUCGGACCGGCAGGUGCUGGCUUACGCCAUUCGGGAGCAGCAGCUUAAGCUGUCCAAGCCUCAACUGCAGCUGACCCUUGCUGACCGCUGGUACGAGGUGAUGCAGUUCUGCUGGCUGCAGCCGGAGCAGCGGCCCACAGCCGAGGAGGUGCACCUGCUGCUGAACUACCUGUGCGCCAAGGGAGCCACCGAGGUGGAGGAGGAGUUUGAGCGGCGCUGGCGCUCGCUGCGGCCCGGGGGCGGCGCGGGGCUGCUGGGGCUGGGGCCGGGCCCCGGCGGCACCGGCCUGGGCGGCACAGCCGAGCUCGCGGCCGCCUCGUCCUUCCCACUGCUGGAGCAGUUCGCGGGCGAUGGCUUCCACGCGGACGGCGACGACGUGCUGACGGUGACCGAGACCAGCCACGGCCUCAACUUCGAAUACAAGUGGGAGGCGGGCCGCGGCGCCGAGGCGUUCCCGCCGCCGGGGUCCGCCGCGAGCCCGGGCCGGGGUCCGCGCCUGCAGGAGCCGAGCGCGUUCGCCGCCGCCGCCCCCGGCGUGGUGCCCGUGCUCAGCGCGCACAGCCCCUCGCUGGGCAGCGAGUACUUCAUCCGCCUCGAGGAGGCCGUGCCCGCCGCCGGCCACGACGCCGACUGCGCGGGCUGCGCGCCCGUUCCCAGAGCCUCCGCGGACCCGGACGGCGACUCAGACGGCAGCACCGCCGCCUCGCCGGCCAUGGAGCCUCUGCUGGGCCACGCAGCCCCGGCCGAGGGCCCGUGGGGCCCCAGUGGCCGCUACCCGCCCAGGAGUCACUCGCAGGAGCCGCCCUGCUCCUCGCGCUCACCUUCUCCUAGGGCCCAGAUGUUGGCAGAGACCAGAGCUGAAGACACAGGCUGGGACGUGGCUACCUUCUGCCCACCCUUUUUUGAGGACCCACUGGGUACGUCCCCCUCAGGGAGCUCUGGGGCCCAGCCAUCCCCCAGCGAGGAGGAGCUGGGGGAAGCUAAGGCGGGAAGGGCUGCCCAGCGUGGACACUGGAGCUCCAACAUGUCAGCCAACAACAACAGUGGCAGCCGUGACCCAGAGUCCUGGGACCCUGGCUAUGUGAGCAGCUUCACAGACAGCUACAGGGAUGAGUACUCCAGCCCAGACCAGACCCCGCGGGCCUCACCCGAGCUGCAUCCCCCGCUGGUCCAAGACAGCUCUUGGCCUGGGUCACAGGCCACCUCCCCUGGUCAGGAGCCAGGCCGUUGCCUCAGUCUUUCCCCUCUAUGUCUUGCCAAGGGCUUGGCACCCGCUGCCUGCCUGGGUCCAGCCGCCUGGAAAGAGACAGCUGUAGGUGGCCGUGACAAUCCCCAGGUGGAGCCCAAGCUUGCCCAGGAGGCUGAGGGCUCUGCUGGACCUCAGCUGCCCCUUCCUUCUGUCCCCUCCCCAUCCCACGAAGGAGCCCCACUUCCCUCAGAGGAGGCCAGUGCCCCUGACACCCUGCCUGCCUCCCCCACCCCUGCUGCCAGCAGCUGGUUGACUGUCCCCAAGGCACUCCCCACCCUUGACAACAGCAGCAGCUCCCCCAGGCUGGAGGUGCCCAUCAGUGAGGACGUGGACUCAACUGCAAUCACUUUGGGCAUCUUCACUGACUUGUUGAAUGACUGCUCACCAGCUGAGAAGCCAGGUGUAGUGCCAGCCUUGUGCCCUCUGCAGAAGCAGGUGGGGGUCCCUGACUCUCUGGACUCGCUGGAUAUCCCAUCCUCAGCCAGUGAUGGUGGUUGUGAGAUCUUGAGCCCAUUAGCUGCCAUCUCCCCUGGUGGGCAGCUCCGUGCCCUGGACAGUGGUUAUGACACAGAGAAUUAUGAAUCUCCUGAGUUUGUACUCAAGGAGGCCCAUGAGUCAAGUGAGCCCGAGGUUUUUGGCGAGCCCGCGUCAGAAGGUGAGAGCCCGGGGCCAGAAAGGAGGCUGUCCAUCUCCCUUGGUGGCCUCAGUGAGAAGAACCCCUACCGAGACUCUGCCUACUUCUCAGACCUGGAUGCUGAGUCUGAACCCACCUCUGGCCCUGAGAAGUGCCAUGGGGUCCAGGACUCUCAAAAGGAGCCAAGCCUAAAGAGCCCACAGAGUCCUGGGCAGCCAUCUAUGCAGGCUUCUGGGUCUGGGGUGUUCGAGGAGGCCUCUGGCACUGAUCCAAGGGAGGUGCUGUCCCCACCACAGCCCUCCGAGGAGCCUUCUCCAGUUGGCCCAAGGCCAGUCUCUCCUGAAGUCCAAGGUCCUGCUGAGGAGCAGCCUGUGCCCAGCCCCAGCCGCUCCAAGUUUUUCCUGCUGACCCCAGUCCCACUGAGCUCUGAAGGCAGUGGCAUGGAACUUCAGGCCACCCCAGGACAGUUGCCAGUACCAGCCAAGCUGGGGCAGGAAGGGGGCCCUGGCACACCCAGAUCCCCACUCUGCUUGAUCCCGCCUGUCCACCCUGGGGCGGUGGAGAGCCGGCCAGAGGAGGACGAGGAGGACAGUGAGGACAGUGACGAAUCGGAUGAGGAGCUCCGCUGCUACAGCAUCCAGGAGCCCAGCGAGGAUAGCGAGGAGGAGUCCCCGGCAGUGCCUGUGGUGGUGGCAGAGAGCCAGAGUGCGCGCAAUCUGCGCAGCUUGCUCAAGAUGCCCAGCCUACUGUCCGAGGCCUUCUGCGAAGACCUGGAGCGCAAGAAGAAAGCUGUGUCAUUCUUCGACGAUGUCACGGUCUACCUCUUUGACCAGGAAAGCCCCACGCGUGAGCUCGGGGAGCCUUUCCCUGGCUCGAAGGAGUCACCGGCCGAGUUCCUGGAAGGCAGCCCGGGCUCCCCCAGCGCGCCCGGCAGGCUGCGGCGGGCUGACCGCUCGCCUGACAGCUCCGCUCCGGAACGGGGUGGCGGGUUCGAGUGGGACGACGACUUUCCGUUGGUGACCGCCAAGGCCGCCUUGGCCACAUCACUGGACCCAGCUGGGCCUGACCUGGCCGUGCCUUCCACGCCGGCCACGCCCUUCUCGCGCUUCACCGUGUCGCCCACUCCCGCCUCCCGCUUCUCCAUCACGCAUGUGUCCGAUUCGGAUGCCCAGUCUGUGGGAGCCACAGGACUAUUUGGAGCCCACACUGUCAAGAGAUGGCUUGGGAUCCAGAAUUAUCCAGUCACACCCAAAGGUUGUAGAGACAGAGCAUCCACCCUACAAGUGGGAUCCCCAAGACACUGGUCUACAAGAGGAAAAGCCGGACAAUUCUUAAGUUAUUAAAUGAAAGAAUAAUGAAAACAGGACUGGAGAGAUGGCUUAGUGAUUUAGGCGCAUGCUUAUGAAGGCUGAGGACCCCAGUUCAAUUCUCCAGGUCCCAUGUUCGCCAGAUGCACAAGGGGUCACAUGCGCCUCGAGUUCAUUUGCAGUAGCUAUGGGCCCUGGCACACCCAUUCUCACUCUCCCUCCCUCUCUCUGUCUCUAAUAAAUAAAAAUAAAAUCUUUUUAAAAAAAGAAUAAUGAAAACAGGUGCUUCUGAGAAGUCCCUGCAAGCUCAUCUGUGUGACCCCAUGGGACGUGGAGCCUAACUAUGAGGUCGCAGAAUGAUCAUCUGGAGCUCAAGGACACUGCCAAGUAUUGCUCUGUGCAUGUUGGCAGGUAGAAUCCAGGGACAUGUGUCCCUGCCAAGAGACAUGCUUCCUCCUGAAGAUAUCCAAGCAGACAAGUGAAACUAACCUUCAGCGGACAGUGCCAGCACAUGGUAUGCCCAGUCAAAGAAUGUCACACCAAGAAAUGUCCAAGACUGGGAGGAUAUAAAGACAAAAUGUGUUCCAAGUGGGACCAUCAAGAGGCCAGGUAUCUGCCUUGGGAUUCAGGAAUGACCGAUGAGUGAUGCCCUCUGCUGGCACAGAGCAGAGCUGCAGGCUGGAUAUGGCCGAGGUGACAUGGUGGGUACACGGCCUGUUGCUAGCUCAGAGUAGAGGAGUUGAGGUGCCCCUCCCUUCCACAGGCAGCCAUUCAGGAGUAAUGCUGUGAUGGGAAGCACAGGAGAGCCCUGCAUGCAAUCUGCAUGCUGUGUGUAUGUGUGAGACUGUUUUGUGGGUCUGCCAACCACAGGUUGAAAAGCAGGGAAAUGCUGGUAAUAAGUCCUUACAAAAUGUGAUUUGAGCCUUAAGGUGACUUUAGGGCCGAGGUUGGAUCUGAGCAACUGUGGAUCUCCACCGUCUCCUAUGCAGCCCCCCUUACCACUGUGGCACCCCUGGGAUCAGGCCUCAGCCUCUGGGUGCUGUUCUCAACCACCACAGGUGUCUUCUGAUUCCCUACCAGGUAAACCAAAAGGCCAGGCAGACUGUGUGGUUGGGUAUAUUUGGGCACUGCAUGCCAGCGUUGUCUUGUGGCAUCACGCCCAAGUCUUCAGCUAAGUCCAUGCCAAGUAAAGGCUGCACCAGUCUCCUCAAAUCUUCUGCCCUCCUCACAUCUCAGCAGGUGAGGUGAGGUCAGCCUAGUGGGACCUCGGGGACAGAGAAGUGUCAGGGAUGGUAGAUGUAGGCUUUCUAGAGAGCAUCUCAGGGGAUGGGGCUAGGUGGGAAAAGGUAGCCUGCACAGGGUCAGCCAAAGGCAUUUCCAUCCUCAGACUUCUGUCCUCAGACUUCAGGAGCAUUUCCCCAUAGAACUUCCCCCCAAAAUGCAGCUAUGGGUGGUCUGUCUGCGGGCUGGGAUGCACUGCUGUGAGUGUCUGUAAGGGAUGCAGGCCCUAGGUUCUCAUGCUCUGCUGUGGCCAGGCUGAGAGGGCAGUGAACACCCCUUACACUGGGCACCAGCGCUGCCUGGCUUGACCGACGUCCUCCUCCUACCCCAGCUGUCCAUUAUGGCUCCCAUCCCCAGCACUGAGGGAAAGGGCAAGUGUGGUCAUUGUCUUUGGGCCACAUGGGGAGGUGGAGUAGGUCAGAAGAGGCAAGACAAGACAGCAGUGGGAACAGCAGGGACCCAGGCCCACCUGUCCCUAGGUCCAGGCCCCACCCCCACCCCCUUAAGUACCCAGGUGGGUACUGCAUGGUCGGACGACCCAACUGCAGCCAUUCAACAGUCACCCUUUGAUUGUGGCAAAGCACCAAGCAGGGCAAGAGAGGGUAGACAAGGCCAGAUGAGGUCCACCUUCAGCAGUGAGGGCAGAGGGUCAGACCCACAAGCCUCCAGGUGGAAGAGAAGAUGGGGACCCACAAGCCCGCAGAGGGAACAAAUUGAAGAAAGACCUGGAGCCCGGCGUGAGGCAGUGGGGCAGACCCCCGGGCCCUGCUAGGCAGUGGGCCUCUUUUGGGGAGGCUGCCCUGGCCCAGGUCAGAGGGCCUGUCCACAGCCACUGCAGCAGAUGCAGACAGACGGGCACAAGAAGUCCAGGGCAACUUACUAACUCUAGCCAGGGGCAGCUCAAAAUCUGGCCACUUCCACAUCAGUGCUGCAAGGAAACACAAGGCUUGUUGGUGAAGUUAGAGGGAGUCUGAGGACUCAAGGAAGCAGAGGCCAGACAGGAUGGAGGACGUGAUGGGCACAGGCUGCUAAGAUGGAACCACACGUCUCCAGCUGCCAGGCAGAGAAGGGGGCUCCACCCCCUGAGGGCACCUGCAAGUGUAGCUCUGUGGGUGCAGGGCCCCGAGGCAGCACAGAGAAGAAGGCCAGUGCAGGCAGGGUGCCUGCUCCCUCUGGAGCCUGCCCCGUCCCAGUGAAGCCCUACUCUCUCAGCUGGGUGGGGGCCACCCCGGUGCCAUCAAGGCCAGCUGGGCCAGCACUGUCUGCAGUCCUACACUGUUCUGGGAAAUGACUCACAGGUGCUCCACAUGAGCCGAGAGACUAUGAGGAUGGGUUGCAAGCUGGCACGCACAGAGGCAAGGCCUGGCCCAUGCAGCCCUGACACAUGCCAAGGCACUGGAAGGAGGUGCCAAACCCAACUCAGUGCAAUAAAUAAAACUUUUAUUCAAAGAGUUAACUGCAGUACAGGGCACAACUCAUAUUUAAAAAAAAAAAGAAGAAAGGAAAAAUAUUUUCAGCACUUUACAUCUUCAUACAAGUUUGCUAUUUUGUGUCUACAUUCAUCCAUUGCGCAUGGAAUCCCCUGGAUUUGAAAUCUUUUAGCAAAAUUGGAACAACACAGAAGGUUCUUUACACAG